AUGGACGGGACCGAGGAUGCCGUUGGGCCGAUCAAGAUCUUCACAGCCAAUAUGCGUAUCGAAGUGCAAGCCCGCGUUCCCUUACUGACGGCCAGGACCAGCGGCUACACGGAGCCAUUGGCAAGUAUCAUAACCGAUAAUCAGAACCAGAUCUCAACACCGGACCUGUUUGCACGACCGAUGCGUUUAACAGAGAAAUUUGGACAAUCAGAGUUCGUCGUCAGCUUGAAGGGACUCGGAGGCGGUGAAGUCGCUCUUAAUGCGCAACCAAAUGUUAAAGGAAUGCCCCGGGCGCUCUGGGGCGAGAACGUAGCGAAACCCGAUCGCACGGCUCCGAUAAUCUCCCAUGUCACUGGCUAUACCCUGACAAUGCGACAGAACGAGCCAAGUCCCGAAAAGCCUCCUCUUAUCAGUAUGCAUGAGUUUAGCACAGUUGAUGUCGGCCAGGGCUCGAAUUAUAGCAUACCUCAUAUCCCUCCGGCAAAGGUAUUAAAGGAUGACAACCGUUUACAGGUCAAGACUGAGAUUGGAUAUGAGUUUAAUAUCACAGAGACAACUGAACAGGAUAGCUGUCAGAGAUAG